GUACAUUCUAAAUUACGAUUUGCACAACGGUCUAUCAUCAAAGAUGGCGGGAGCCUCCGACCCACUGGAGGACAUGCUCUUCAAUGAGGUAGACGAAAAAGCUGUAAGCGACUUAGUGGGCUCUUUGGAAUCGCAACUUGUCAGCCAAAAGACUUCGCCCGCCACAUAUUCUAAUAUCAAGCGAGAAGGAUCUACGGGCGCUGUUAGCCAGUUCUCAGGGAAACUGCGUGAUCAAGCGGGGUCUCUGGAGCCGCCACAACAAGGACACCCAAAAGCGGCGUUAAACGCGGAACCCAUCGCGAAUCAGGCGAUGUCCAAUAAGAUUAUCAGCGCUUCUACCUCUUCCAUCACUACUGGGGGUGUUUUAAACGCUGGUACCAAUCUACAAACAUAUGGAGCCGCAUCUCAAACCAUUUCCACCGCACCACCAGGAUCGGUAACUUUGCCUGCUCAGUCGACUAGCUUCAACAGAGGGACUGUUUUGGGUCCUGCUGGCACAUCGGUGGUGACUGUUCCCAAUCCAAACAUCACAACAACAACAACAACAACAACAACUAUCAGGACUGUUUCACCUGGUUUACAGAGUUUGAACGGUAACACUGGAGCUGUGAAGUUGGUCAACUCGCCAGCAGCUUCCCAAGUCGGGUCAGGCAGCAGCACUGUUGUAAGUACUGUCAGUGCGGGCAAUUCCAAUAUCAUUGUGUCCAUGACUUCACAACCUCCUUCUCUGCCAAACUUUACUGGACCUCAACAAUCUGCAGUGGCUACUACUCCCACUAUUGCAUUGCAAAGACAGCCCAGCCCCAUGGCCAUUGCCUCACAGAAUGGAGUAAUAGACCCCAAGGUUUCUGCAGUGGUCACACAGGGUGCAGGUUCCCUAGGGGCCACCACCUCUCAGGUCAUGAACCACAGCAACACUCUCAUGCACACUAAAAUGGUGGCACCCAACCAGCCAGUCUCUGCUGGCCAAUCAAUAAUUCUCGGAGGGUCUCCCCCUCCUGUUGUUGUUAACUCACCAAUAAGCCAGCCACAGAGUGUGGCGAGUCCCACUCUCACAGCUGGGGUGAAACCAACUGUUAAUGGAGUUGGUCAGCCCACAGUGACCAUCGUGAGGCCCCCCGGUGCUCCUGUGAUGGCUACCCCCGUACAGCAGCAGAGACCUGGGCUGUUAGCAAGUACCACGAGGACUGCUGCACCACAGCUGGCCGUCAGACCACCACAAAAGACCACCAUUCAGUUACCCCCUGGAUUUACCAUACCACCCGGUAUGGUGCUGGUGCGUACGGACACGGGCCAGCUAGUGAUGGUGACUCAGCAGGUUCUAGCCCAGGCCCAGGCUAAGACCCAACAAGGCCAGGCUGCUGUCUCCAACAUCUCCCCCCAGCCUGGAAUCCCCACCGCUGGGGCCAACAUCAGAGUUAGCACUCCCAGCCAGGCCCCUGGUACGCCCCAGGCUGUCCGUCUGGCGUCCCCUUUCCAGGCAAGAAUGGCCCAGUCCCCCUCUCCCUCUAGCCCUGCUAUACAGAAGGCCAUAACCGUGGCACCUGCGGGUGCGUCUGUGUCAGUGAAAAUGACCACCCCUCAGAAGGCCCAGUCUGUGAUCACAGGGGGCCAGGCCUUGGUCAAGCCUGGUGCUGUACGGCCCACUAUCACCCUGAACACUGCAGSAGCCAGUGCCUCUGGAGCCCCUAUUGCAACAGUCUCCCAGGAAAUGCAAGAGAAUGUGAAGAAGUGCAAGAACUUCCUGUCCACCCUGAUCAAGCUGGCGUCCCACAACUCCCCCUCCCCUGACACAUCUAAGAACGUCAAGACCCUGGUGCAGGAUCUACUGGAUGCUAAAAUCGAGCCUGAGGAAUUCACCACGAGUCUGCAGGCUGAGCUGAAAUCCUCUCCACAGCCGUACCUCAUCCCCUUCCUCAAGAAAAGCCUCCCUGCCCUGCGGCUGUCCCUUCUCAACAACCAGCAGUCUCUUCUGGCCUCCACCUCCGCUUCUGCCCUGGCCGUCCCCUCCACCUCCACCAUCAGGCCCCGGCUCCCCACCACCAUCAGCCCCGCCACGGGCAUCGUCAGGACACCUACCACUGCCCUGGGUGUGAGAAGACCAGGGGUCCAGGGGGUCCAGACCCGUAUGCCCAUGGUCAUCACUCAGACCAUACGACCGCAAGGCGUAGUUACAAGAGGACCCACUAUUAUCCCAGGCAGAAGUCCUGUGGGCAUUGGUGCCCAGGCCUCUGCCAAUCAGAAGAAGCUGAAUGAGCCUGGAGGUGGGACGUUCAGAGAUGACGAUGACAUCAAUGACGUGGCGUCCAUGGCGGGGGUAAACCUGAACGAGGAAAACGCCCGCAUCAUGGCCACCAACUCUGAGCUGGUGGGCACCAAGAUCCGCUCCUGUAAGGACGAGGCCUUCCUCCCGCCAGGUCUGCUGCACAGACGCAUCAUGGAGGCUGCCAAGAGGUUUGGGGUGACCGAGGUCCCAGCUGAGACAGUGAACUACAUCUCCCAUGCUACCCAGGCCAGGCUGAGAUCCAUGCUGGAGAAAGUGUCCACUAUCGCCCAGCACCGCACCGACGGGGGCAAGGAUGAGGAAUGGUAUGAGCCGUCGACAGACGUCAGGGCCCAGCUCCGCUUUUUUGAGCAGCUGGAAAGGAUGGAGAAACAGAGGAAGGACGAACAGGAGAGAGAGGUCCUACUCAAGGCUGCCAAGAGUCGCGCCAGACAGGAGGACCCAGAACAAGCUCGGUUGAAGGCGAAAGCUAAGGAGAUGCAGCAGGCAGAGCAGGCCCAGAUCCGACAGCGUGAAGCCAACCUCACUGCCCUGGCUGCCAUCGGGCCCCGUAAGAAACGCAAGAUGGACUCGCCAGGGGGCUCCACAUCGGGCACAGAGGUUGCUUCGGGUUCAGGGGAUGGCUCUUCCACAGCUGCCUCCUCCCGUCAACAGSUCCGUCAGCGGAUCACGCGAGUCAACCUCAGGGACUUUAUCUUCUGCCUGGAGCAGGAGAGGGCCACAUCCAGGUCCUUAUUGCUUUAUAAGGCUCUCCUGAAGUAGUGAAGUCCCCCAGGGUUCAGUACUCAGCACAUUACAAAUCCUUACGGUUCUUCACAGCUCUCCUAAAGUAUGACGUCCUACAGGGUUUAGUACUCAGCCGGCCCGUUAUAAAUCCAUAAGGUUCUCUAGUCGACCCAAUACAAAUCUUUACUGUUCUACACAACUCUCCUGAAGUAGGGCGUCCACAAUGGUUCUGUACUCGACCUGAUGCAAAUCCUUACUACUCGAUAAGGCUCUCCUAACAUAGGGGUAACACAGGGCUCUGUACUGUGCCCAUAACACAUUUGCGAUAAGUAAAGUUUCCCCUUUGCCCCCAUCUCUACACAUGCCUUCAUUCCCAUACCACAUUAUCAUAUAGCCCCCCAUCUCUACACACACCCUCAUUCCCAUACCACAUUAUCAUAUAACCCCCCCGUCUCUACACACACCCUCAUUCCCAUACCACACUAUCAUAUAUCACCCCCCAUCUCUACACACACCCUCAUUCCCAUACCACACUAUCAUAUAUCACCCCCCAUCUCUACACACACCCUCAUUCCCAUACCACACUAUCAUAUAUCACCCCUUGCAUCUGAAGCUAAGCAACCCCACACCACCCUAACCCAGUUGCUCCCAGAUCAUACUGCCCCUUAGGACAGGUACACUGGCUACUCUUUCACUUGGCCACAUCCUUGUUUUUACAUCACGUCUCGUCUCAUUCACUAUCUGUGUGCUUUACAACGCUGAGAGCCUAGAAGCUGGCAGGUGGGCACACAACGCCAUUUUUUUUUACCAUGACUCCUAUGUACCUCGAUGCCUUGAGUCUCUGUCCCAAUUUGUUGCGUCGUUCUCAAACAACCUACAGUAGUAAUAUUUAUGUCGGGGUCCUUGCUAUUUAAGCCUAAUGACUCCCCACUAAGGAUGUUACAUCACAUCAUAUAUAGACUUGGACCAACAGGAUUGUUUGGUCACCGUGGUCAGGAUCUGUGCUCUCCAGGGGCCUUAUUUAUCAACUGUGCGUACAUUUCUUACUAAAUUCUGGCAUACCUGGAGAUUGUAGGAUUUCUGGCAUACUUGGAGAUUGAUAAAUCCCACAAACUGUCCCAUGCAACAUAUACGCAUGUUUUCAGUGAUAAAUCAGAACCAAAUGACGUAAUAUUUUUUUAACAAAAACGCCCUCAUUAACUGUAUGAUUUGGAAAUGUUGGAACUGGGCCAUGUCCUUUUCUAAAAGAAAGCUGAAUAGCGAAUUAUAUUACAUUUUUGUAGAGGUGUGGGCAGAGUGUUUUAAUCUUUUGCAGAGACAUUCAACAACAACAAAAAAUGCAUUCUGCCUAUUGCGAGUACCAAACACUGGUCGUGCAUUCUGCAAGAUUGAUUGUCUAUUGAACAAUUUAAAAGUAAAUGUUGCCUACAGCCCACACGAAUUGUUGUUCAAUAUUUUGUUUAUCAAUACAUGAUUGUGUUUCUGAGAUGAAAUAGGCUAUUAUAUCGCGCUCCUAUCACACAGCAAUACUGUAGACUACCCAUACUGUCAUAGGCUACCAGCCUAUUUGCUUUUGAGCAUGGUUGGCUAUUGAAUGAGCAAUGAAUAAAUGGUAGCCAUUAUUAUAAUUCCUGUGCAUCAAACACCUCAAUUUCCCCCAAAAUAACAAUCUUUGCUUGCAAUACAGUUGAAUGACCAUUAGAAGGUGUACCUACGCAUGGUCUGAGAUUUGCGUGGAGAUGCACUUAAAUACCAACCUUUGUGGGAAAACUGGCGCACACAAUGUUUAGUCAUUUUUCUGUGCGCACACACCUUUGAUAAAUGAGGCCCCAGGUCAAAACCUACAAACACUGAUCUGCGUUAUGUACGUUGUACGUUUUCCCCAACAUAUUGAAGAGGAAGGAACCAUUUCAAAAUUAAAGAUAAUGUUUGCAUUUUAUGUUCUGGGCAAGUACUGAGUUUGGGGGGAAAAAUAACUCAUAUUGUAACAUGUUUUAAAGGUAGACUCAGCGAUAUGACGUAGAUGCAGAAAGUGAACGGCAGUGGGUCAAUUUCCUCAACAACUAAGAGCGUUGAAGCGUGAGGCUCAACUUCUCCACUGUUUUGGUCCCUCAGCUACCAUGCUUUGAACAGCGUGAAGCGAACCCGUGCACAUGCGCAGAUAUUGUAUGACUGCAUCUUGCUCAUCUCAAUAUCUGCUGCUCGUGGCAAGAUCAUUUCUCUGAGUCUACCUUUUAAUUUACCGAACCAUAAGGUGAAUGUUGAAGAGAAUCCUAUUGUUUUGAUAGUGGUCAGAUAAAUGUACCAGGAAGUACUGUGAUGCCUGCUAUUUAAACACAACAAGUAUACAUACUAGUUCCAGACCUGGGUCCAAUACUUUCAAAUAUGAAAUAUGAGCUCGAUUUAGAUUGCAUGGUACAACAGAACCUAUGGAAUAGUCCCAUUAUAGUCCCAAACGCCAAGCUAAAUCAAGCCCACCUUAAUUACUUUCAYGUAUUUGACCUAGGUUUGGCUGGUAUACAUGGUACUUUAGGGUUCCUAUUACUAUUGGCAGAAUAGUGAAACAUCUUAAGGUUUUUGUUUUUUUGUGUGUUAAAAAAAAAUUGUGCGCCUAUUCUAAUAUUCUAUUCAAUGGUUCAUACAUAAACUAAUCUCUCCUAUUGUAGGAUCCAUUUAAAGAUAUAAGUAUCAUUAUUCAGAAUCAACCUCAUCACAGAACACAGGGAGCUGGCUCUCUUAUACACUCACUCAGGCUAAUCAACAAUUUUAAUGAAGAUGACAAUUAACAAUGCGGUCAUAAUAUUGAGCACCAUUCCUAUAUAGUUUUCUCAAGACCUUAAAUUCCAUCCGGGACUUUUUAAUCAACUGAAAAGUCCAUCACUUGCAGAAGUUGCAACACCGCUUAACAAUAUCUUUUGAGUGAUUGACUUUUAAUGCUGAUGAUCAACAUCAAAAUGUCAAUCUGUCACGGUGAUCUGUCAAGUAUUUUUUUAUAAUGCUAAUGGCAUACUACUGCUUCCUUAUUUUUMGGGGGGUCAAAGGCCCUUUUUCAGUUUGACUUUGAAAUAACUGUCCAUUAAAGGUUUUUAAUGCUUUAAAUGUAUUUUUUACUGUAACAUGCAUUUGUUUAUAUAGUGCAUAGUUCUAAUUGAUAAAUGAAAUAAAGCUGUGGUGUAUGUAUAUUCAAGUUUAGAGUCUGGGUCUUAAGCACCCAGCUACUGUAUUAUGUGUUGAAGGACACAUUUUUGUGACUAUUUAUAUUUCCUACUGUCUGUGCAUUCAAACCUGACGCAUUUCAGGUGAUGCAAUUUUAGUAUUGUUUGUACCUUUGCAAAAAAACAAUAAUAAAGAAAGUGAUUGAAAAGCACAAAUAUCCUAA